GAUGAAAAUAUUAAAAGAAGUUGUUCUCCUAAUAUUUCUUUUUUUAUUUUUUUUUAUUACGUUUGUAUUUUUGACUGCUUCACUUUUUGGCGAUAGUUGGUGGGCAUCUAACUCAAAUACAAAUGCUCGCGUUGGUUUAUUUAGAGUAUGUACAACAAUCCUGUUUCACACAUCCUCUACUAUGAGCUGUUCUAUCCGUGAGCAUGCGUUGAAACUUGAUAAAGAUUACAAAGACUUUGACAUUGCAGCCAUACUAAAUAUUGUUGCUCUUAUAAUCUGUAUUUGUGGAACCAUAACAUUGAUGAUUCUAGUGUUUUUUCCUGUUGUUUUAUGGCUUCCUUACAAGAUUUUUAUUCUUUCAGUUAUGUCCAAUAUCAUAACGUUAACUAUGAUGGUUUUUGUGGAGGUGAGAAUAAACUCAAAAAUUGAUGAUUAUGUAGGAGAAACUAUGGUCAGAGGAUGGACUUUUAAAAUUGCAUACUGCGCACUUGUUGCUGGUUUUUUAUUAGCAGUUUCUUCUUGCGUUUUUUUAAGAUUAAAACUAAAACAGAAACUCGAAAGAGGAUUUCUAAUUGAACAUUUAGUGCCCAGCGAUGUGUCAAAAAUAUUUGCUGAAGAACUCAUGAAUGCAAAAACGGAAUAUAAAUCUCAUCUUUCAAAAACGUCUACAAACAUACCGGGGACUGAACAGCUAAAAUAUUUUGCUGACUGCUCCAACUUAAACACAAUGCCGCAACAGCCUGAAAAAAUGCGAGCUGUAUACAGAGGUUCAAAUUAUUUUGCUGGAAGACGCCGGAUGAUGGAGUUAAAUGCAGAUUUGCAUGUAAAUAGUAUACCAUAGUCAUUGAAACUAAAAAAAGAAAAAAAAAACAAUUAAA